AUGAGAGUGAAUAAUUACUUCUAUGAUAUGACUACUAUGAAUCUUAUUCUAUCUUUUAUUAAUUCACUCCAAUUUGUGCUGAAAGAGAAAUUUUGUGUAUUUAUACAUGAGAAUCAUACCCAUGCCAUGCUUGCUGAGGAAAUCAAGGAGAAAACUGCAAAACUGAGGCAUCUCAAAGGUGAAGAGCUAGUAGGACUAAGCAUGGAAGACUUGGUUAAACUCAAAACCUUCUUUCAAGGUCUUUCAAUUGUUGCAUAGUGUUGACGUACUAUGUUUUUUGGAUUUCAAGGUGACAAAUUCAUGAAAGAAAUUGGUAUUCUCAAGAAAAAGGAAGCAUUAUUCAAGGAAGAGAAUGCGAAGUUGAGACAGAAAGUAGCAGGCCCAUCGGAAGACCAAACACCUCUGCUGGAACAAGGGCUUUCAUCUAAGUCAGUCACCCGCUUAAGCGACCAAGCCGGAAGUUGUCCUCAGGACCUCAACAAUUCGGACACAUUUCUCCAGCCGGGAAUGCAUGAUUCAAGGCCAUGUGAUCGUCUGGCAAUGACUUGA